ACAUCAAAUAAACGAAAUCUACAAUGUUAAUGAUCCAUACUAUGGACGAAUCUGAACCAACUACAGUAAAUGGAACAACGCUGAUAAACAUUAGUUGUGCUAAAAGUGAACAAAAUUUCGACUGUUGAGAAAAACUCGCCUUAAUUGGGAAACACUAGACAUUCCACAGCAAAAUGUUCUUAAGAUUCAAUAAUUGUAUAAAUUGCUUUUCUUAAAUCUUGCAACGAUGUCUUAUCAGUGAUGUUCUUUGACUUGCUUGGUCGCUUAAUAUAUCCGAAGUUUACUAUGCUGCCUUAUCACAGAACCCCAUUUAUACUUUAUAGCCAUUCAUUCUAGUCGAAGUCUGUCUUCGUGGGUGCACACAGUUUAGUUCGGUGAUAAUGACAGGGUGUUUUGUGGAAAAACUGAAACUUUUUCAACCGAGUAGAACUUUAGUGUUGUCUUGUCGGGUCUAGAGAUUUAUUUGCAAUCAGUGUGCUUCAAAAUGAGGGAUAUAGUAAGAAAUUUUAAGAAGAUCAUUGCUGGAGGAAACCGAGAUUCAGACUCAGAUGAAUCACAACCUCUACUAUCCUCCACUUCGACCUCUUCUUCUUCCAGCUUUGAGUCCAUCUUUAAUCGUUUCAGAGCCACAAGUGAAUCUGAACAGGGCAGCGAAUCAGAGAAUUGCACUCUAGUGUCACCUAAUCCUUUACAAUCAAAUUUGAUACGGAACAAAUGCAGGCACCAGCAGGAUUCUGAAUCAGACUUAGAACCUACAGUUUUGACUGUUUCUGCUGCUGAACACUUUUUCUAUAACAAUGACAAUAGCUACGUUAGAAUAGCUGAUUUAAUACGACAUGACCCGAUGAACAUUCAGACCAAUCAGAACGCGCCCAAACCUCCAUUGUCAUCCGGAGAAGCCAGUUUUAACGGUUUUAUGGAUUAUAAGGAUUCAGAAACACAUACGCACAAUUCUGUUGUCACUAUAUUUGCAAUAUGGAAUACCACAAUGGGGUCAUCUCUAUUAGCAAUGUCAUGGGGUAUCCAAAUGGCCGGACUUUUCCCAGGCAUAGCAAUAAACAUUUUAAUAGCCGCACUUUGUUUAUAUACCUGCCAUCUCCUACUUACUGUGAACGAAAAACAUGGUAUGCCUGGCAUUGAUAUCGAAGUAAGCCACCUUUGCCAAAACCUCUUGGGCAAAUGGGCGGAAGUAUUGGCGAAAAUAUUUUCAAUAGUGGUACUAUUAGGAGCUGACAUAGUUUAUAUGAUCCUGAUGUCGAAUUUCCUUUACAACUCGGUUUAUUUUCUUUACGAUUUACUUACAAAUCCUGCGGAUCCAAUGGAGGCAAAUGCGACUGUAUUGUGUCUCAAAGACACGAUAAUAAAUGUAUCGGCACAUAGUGCUUUGCUAAACCCCAUUUCUGCAACACAAUCUCUUUUUGAGAAAGUAUGGGAUUUGUACAGUACAGUUCCUGUCAUUUUAGCUGUGAUAAUGUUCUGUGUCCUAAACUUUAAGUCGCCCACAUUUUUUACAAAAUUUAAUAGCUUAGGAACAAUUAGUGUUAUGUAUUUACUCAUGUUUGUGGCUGUGAAAGCAUAUAGCUGGGGAAUUAACAUUUCCGAUUGGAGUGCGGAAUUUCAACUAAAAUCAACAUUUUCUGCACUCAGCGGAAUGUUGUCGUUGAGCUAUUUUAUCCACAAUAUUAUAAUCUCUAUAAUGAGGAACAAUAGGCAUCAGGAGCACAAUGGUAGAGAUCUGACUAUAGCAUUCGGCCUGAUAACCUUCACGUAUUUGUUUAUAGGAAUACUUUUCUAUAUAAGCUUUCCGCUGGCUAAAUCAUGCAUAGAAGAUAACAUUUUUAAUAACUUCAGUAAAAGCGACACGAUGACAAUCAUAGCUCGGAUAUUGCUACUCUUUCAAUUGUUCACCGUGUUUCCACUAAUUUCCUUCAUGUUACGAAAGGACAUUUUAGGAAACAUCAAUCAGAUAUUCAAAAAUUACACAUUCGGCGACUUCACUUAUGGAAGAGUCAUGUUUCUAAAUGCCUGCUUGUUAAUUAUAUGUGUUCUUUUUGCGUGCUUUCUUCCAAAAAUUGGCACUUUAAUAAGAUAUACAGGAGCUUUGAGCGGGAUGGUUUACGUAUUUAUGUUACCAAACAUGUUGAAAAUGGCAAGCUUAAAAAAACGCCACAAACUUUCAACCAUCAAAACUGUAUGGCACAUAUUCAUCAUAAUAGCUGGUGCCCUUAAUUUACUUUCUCAAUUUUUUAUUAACGACUAGUGCAGCUAAGCCCGUUAGAAUUGCCUUGACAAGAAAUGUAUUAUUUAUUUCUUGUAUUGUGAAAAGUAUUCUUAAUGUGACUAUGUACUGUAUAAUAAUUUUAUUUAUUUAAACCCAUGUUAGAUUACAGUAGGUAUUUUUAAUUUAUAAGAGAUUAAACAGAUUUUUUAAAUACUUAUUAAUUUAUGCACCGGUAUAUGUGAAUAAGAGAUAUUGAUUCAGAUAAGAAAUUACCGUUAAGGCACACGGCACAAUGAACAAAAAUACAAAAAUUUUGAUUUAACAUGAAAAUAUCUGAAAUGACUGAGUAUCAAAGUUUUCAUCUCUCUGGGUUCUUCCGGACAUUACGGAAUAUUUGAUGUAAGACAUACACGGCGCUGUCGCAAGUACACAUGGAGCUAAAUUGUACUUACCAAUGAGAAAUAAUUUUCACACUGAAUAACGGGUCUGAAUAAAACAAAAUCUUCU